AUGGAUGACGGUACACUCGUCAUUCGUGGAGAGAAGGUUCCGUCGCGAAAUGUAGGCGAUGUUGGUUUUGUUGUGCAUCCAUCUGUCGUCCAUCUCGUCGAUUCUCACAAGAUCCUGUCACCUCGUCUGGCCAUUCUUCGCCUCGGCCCUCUGCGCCAAAAAUCCAUCAGUAUCAUCAACUGCUACUCAGCAACAUCAGCAGCUGAUGAAUCCGAAUUGGACGCGUUUCACGAGGAGCUGGAGGAAGUAGUCCGCGACGAGAAGUCCUUCCACAAAUUCGUUGUCGGAGACUUCAACGCAAAACUAGGAAAGGCCACAGAAGAGGAAUACAGGAUUAGAAGAUUUGGACUAGGGGACCGGAAUGAAAAUGGCAAUCGUCUCGCCGGGCUGUUGUCCGCCGCUCGCCUCUUUCAUGGGAAUUCUCUUUUCAUAAAGAAAAAAUCAUCGUCGGUGGACAUGGGAAUCGCCCAAUGGCGAGAUUCGUGCGGAGAUCGACCACAUACUCACCAACCGGAGGUGGUGCCUACUUGA